AGCAUGUAUCGCUGCUAUUGGGUAACUUAAUUGUAAUUUAAUGCAAUAUAUUGAAACUCGAGAGGCGAGAAAAGCAUGGGCGAUGACUGCUAAAAAAAGACAACGUUUGAAAGCUGCAAGUGAGGCAUACAACUAGUCGCACCUUUCACGUUGAUUCGUUUAUCUCAUCGUGAUAACUUGCAAUUUGGGGAAUCCUAUGUUGCAGCAGGAUGAAGGUCCUUUGCUUGGCUCUGACUGUGAUAUUAGUCUCAGCUGCAGCUCUUGUUAGUGCCCAAGAUGUGCAACAUGUGACUGUAGACUUUUGGAAGAACUUUACACUGACAUGUGACCUCACGAUGCACACAGACAUCGCAGCACAGCAGCCACUGAACAUCAGCUGGGAGGCCAUGGGCAAGGACGUGGUGCGGUAUGACGGGAAUAUGCACUAUGGGCCGCUGUUUCAGAACAGGGCCUCAGCCACCUGGGACGAUGGGAAGCUCUUUGUCACGCUGCAUCCAGUGGUGUUGAGUGACGCGGACGUCUACGAGUGCUUGUGGCAUGGCAGGAAGACUCUUCGCACGGUCAUCAUCACGGUUUUGGAAACUUAUAAUGAAGAAGACAUAUUUGUUCGCUAUGUGAACGACAGUGUCCGAUUGCCCUGCUGGGGUAUAAUUUCUAAAUCAAGAACUUUGGAAAAAGUGUCGGUCUAUUGGAAGAAAAAUGGCAAGGACCUCUACAGUCUGGUUGGAGGGAGGCCCCCAAAUCCCCCCAGCUUCAUGUACAACAAUGCAUUUAUGAGCCAGGACCUGAUCCAGGAAUAUGGUGAACUGUCCUUAUUCAUUGAAAACCUGUCACCUGAAGACACUGGAACAUAUAAAUGUUGGUACAGUGACGACAACUUCGCUGCAGUGCCUGGGAUACCAGGGUCGGUCGAGCUUACAGUAUUGGACUACAUACUCCCAACUGAGAUAGAUCCUUUUGUCGUCAGCGACAACAGCAGCUCCAGCCCGACCUCCUAUCCCACCAUGGCCGACCAGGAACAGGAAGAAGUCUGGCCAGAAAUGCAGGGCACAUCAGUUCUAGAAACCAGCCCGGGUGCUGAGGAGACUGUACCCCCACUGCCGUGGGUUCGGAUCGGAAUAAUCUCUGGGGUUCUGAUCAUCACGGCUCUCGUAAUGGGACCACUGGUGGCUAUGGGAAAGAUUUAACACAUCUUUUAGAAGAGAGGCGAUCUGCGUUUUUUUUUUUUUUUUUAAAAACAUUCACAAACUAAGAAUUAUUUCUUUAUUAUGUGUGCUCAGAGAUGUCACUGUUUCAUCCAGUGGUAGGCAAGGAAAAACAACCAAUCUUUCUUUCCUUCCUGUUGA